UGGACUUGAGUUGGUGUCGGUGAAUUAAAUGAACACAGGUUGUAUGACCCUGCCAUGGCUCCUCAGGACGUUGUGCUGCCCAUUCUGAAUUAUUCAUGUGCUGCAUUUGUGAGGAGUGCUUGGUUUGUAUGUGAAAUCCAUAAAAAGCCAAGAGAAUGUAUUGCUGAGGGUGCUGUCUGCCUUACGGCCAUCUUUUAGGAGCAGGGUCCAUAUUUGAUGUGUGUUGCUCUGAGUUCUGAGAACUACCAUGCCAUGCUGUGGUGGUCUUCAGAAUACAAAGACACUUAUGAGUGAGGGAAGUUUUGGUGUGAAGAGAAAGCACAGAUGCAGUGACGUCUGUAUGGGAGAAGCAUCAUCCAUGGAGCAGAAAAAUGGAAGCGCUCCAAAGUGCAGUAAAACAAAGAACAAUUCAGGAGCUGCUUCUUGUUCCAGAUACAGCAGCAAUAAUGUGAAGAUUUUAAACAGCCCCAGAGUGUGACCUGCUUCCAUUACAUUCUUGCUUUGGAUUUCUUUCCAGAGGAGUCAGUCUGCAUCAGAGAAAGGAGAGGUGUCACCAGGGAGCUGAAUGGGCUGUCCCACUUCCACAGGAGCCAGCAGUGUUAAUGCUGUGACCAUGCAGAGGUAUUCCUAAUCUCAAAGAUGAAAAGCACGCUCAGGAAAGUACGUGUUUGUCUCUCUACUGCGUUUCUAGGAAUUGUUUUCCUUUGUUUCUUCCUCCCCUCCCCAGCACUGAUGCUGUCAGAACAGCCCGCUGUGCCAUUGAGCUGGAGCACUGUGCUGCUGCCUCCGAGCGCUUUAUCUCGUUUUCAGGGCAGGAGCUCCUUCCUAUUUCCCGUAGCCUGCCCCCUCUCGUGCUCCUCUGAUGGAUUUAUGCGGGAUUUCCUGCUGAGUCAACGGAGGAGGAAUGCGGGGAGACAGCAGCAGCUCUGAUAGCCCUCAUUUACAAAGGGCGGCUCCUUCAGCGCUCAGCACUGCCUCUAGCGUAGGCUUUUGCUGUAUAGUAACCGUAAUAAAAGCGCAUUUACAUCCCAUGCUACCGGUACGUUCUCUGUGCAAAGAUGGAGAGCUGCGAUCACCGCACCCAAUAACGCACCGGCCCAGCCCAGCCCCGGGCUUCCCCAGCAGUACGCGUUCGGAGGGGGCGGGGCUAUCGGCCUGGGGGGCGGGGCUUGGCGUAGCUCUGACCAAUGCGGCGGCGAUCACGUGCCGAGGGGCGGGGCUACCGGCAGCCCCCCCAUUUCCUGCGGGUCACGUGGCGGGGGCCCGGCGUUGCCUUGGCAGCGGUGGAGGCGGCGGAGGCUCCGGUACCCGGCGGCUCCCGGGGCGCCGCGCCCGAACCGGCCAGCGGGCAGCAGCGCCCCCGGAGCCCCCUGCAGCCCCUCCAUGCCCAUAGGCAGCCAGUGCUUCCCUCAUGAUGAGUUCUGAACUGAACGUCCCAGUGGAUCCCUCCACUCCUGCUUGCUGCUCUGAGCCUGGCACCAAGGGCAUGGAUUAUCGGGACUGGGUGCGCCGCAGCUACCUGGAGCUGGUGACCUCCAACCACCACUCUGUUCAGGCCCUGUCCUGGAGGAAGCUGUACCUGAGCCGAGCCAAGCUGAAAGCCUCCAGCAGAACCUCUGCUCUGCUCUCUGGAUUUGCAAUGGUUGCCAUGGUGGAGGUGCAGCUGGAGAUGCAGUACAAGUACCCACAGAUGCUGCUCAUCGCGUUCAGCGCCUGCACAACGGUGCUCGUGGCUGUUCACCUCUUUGCCCUUCUCAUCAGCACCUGCAUUCUGCCUAACGUGGAAGCAGUGAGCAACAUCCACAACCUGAAUUCCAUCAGCGAAUCCCCACACGAGCGCAUGCAUCCCUACAUUGAGCUGGCGUGGGGCUUCUCCACAGUGCUGGGGAUCCUCCUUUUCCUUGCAGAAGUGGUGCUGCUGUGCUGGAUCAAGUUCCUGCCCGUGGACUCCAUCCUGAAGAAUGACACCACCACCAUCCAGAAGCCCAGCGGCCACGCGGGCUGGCAGGCAGCUCUGGUCUCCACCAUCAUCAUGGUCCCAGUGGGGCUGAUCUUUGUUGUCUUCACCAUUCACUUCUACCGCUCGUUGGUGCGGCACAAAACGGAGCGCCACAACCGAGAGAUCGAAGAGCUCCACAAACUGAAAGUGCAGUUAGAUGGGCAUGACAGAGGCAUGCAGGUGGUGUGAUGGGGGCCGAGGCCGAGAGCAAAAUGCCUGUUUUGCUGGAUGGAGGGGCACGCUGGUGGUGGAUUGUUUGGAGGCUUAAAUAUGUAAAUGCUAAUUGCCUGCCGUGUAUAGCUGUGGGUUCUAACGCUGUUUCAGACUCUGUGGUCUCUGGUCCUACACACCUCUGUGCUUAAGUGGACACUGCCAUGGGAGCUCAAGGUCAGAUCUUUACAUUGGUACAACUAGCCAAAAAUCUGCAUUAUUUUACAAAUGCUCUGUUGCCAAAAGUAAAACUGCAUCAGCUGUCCAAAAAGGCUGUGUGUGUGUAGGACCUGCCUUAGUGUCAGAACUCCCUGGCUGACUGUGCAGCAGCAAUUAACUGGCAGUUUGUUUCUAGAGCUGAGCUGGUUAGUGAAGGUGUUUGCACCCAACCUGAGGACGAUUGGAAAGCACAAUAGGAACUGUGAGUGUUCGUCACCUUUGUUCCAAAGCAAAUGUUCCAUAAACAUAUAACCAGGAAGAAAUCAGCCUUGGCUUUUAUGUUCUAUUCUCACUAUUCCCUUCCAUGCUUCCACAAAUUCUAAAUGCAGGGGGCUGGGGACUUCUGUUGUUCUGUCUUCAACAGCAUCUGUCACUUUAGACUGAACAGAUGCCAAGAUCACUUGUUUUUUUCUUUUUUCAAUAAGAGCCCAGGGAAGGCUUACAGGUGUUUUAGUUUUAACAAGGACAUUCUUAAAACAGAACAGUGACGAAAUUUAAUGAGAUGAAGCUUUGAA